GCGGUAGCAAGCCCAUGCUAGGUCCGUAUUAUAGUGGCUCUAGCACUCAAGAUAGGCGGAUGGGUUUUUCAUUAGGCGCAACAGGCUAUUGUCUUCGUCACACGUUGCAGGUACGUGAUUAAGAGAAAACAAGAGGACAAAUCCGGCUCGAGUAAGCCAAAACCAAGAUAAAUUCUUAGCGAGGAAGCAAUUAAGAUUUUGCGCCAUGGACCCCAGUAUUCUUGCAGCCAUGGACAAGGAGGCACUGAAAAAGCAGAUCGAAAACAUGAAGUACCAAGCGUCCAUGGAACGCUGGCCGUUGUCGAAAAGCAUUGCAGCGAUGAGGGAGUACGUGGAGGAGAAUGAAAAGAACGAUCCACUCAUACACGCCCCGGACAAGAAAAACAAUCCGUGGGCCGAAAAAGGCAAAUGCAUCAUCAUGUAAUUGUAUACUAACAUUAAGACAAACUCAACAAAUAUAUAUCACCGAAUUCUAAAAUUCAGUUUGGGACACGAACAUUCGACGCUUGUCUGGUUCCAGAAAUCAGUGGAUGAAAUUUUAACGUUUGCUCAAUGCGAUUUUGAACAAAACUGCCGGACAAUACAAUGCAAAUAUUGUAUUAAAUACAUGACAAGUAACACGGGUGUGUAAUCGUAUUGAUUUUAUUGUGUUUACUUAAUUUUUUUCAAUCCAAACCAAUCUAGUCUUCGACAUUCACGUGGUGUAUGGAAUGUCUUUACGCGAUGCGAAGGUGUACUUAUGAAUGUUUUGUUAAAUAAUAAAUUGAAAUGAAAAUAAUGAUGUUUUUUGAAAUAAUAAUUAAAAUGAAACGGUUGUAAAUACGUUAAAUUUUGUAUUAACUAGUGAUAGUAUGUUCGGUCACGAAACUAUCGGUAGGAGUAAAUUGGGAAUGUUAACGAAGAAACGUAAAAUGUAAUGGAACAAAAAAUGUAAACUUAUCUUGCUCCAACAAUGUUGGCAAGCGAAGCAUUUUGUUAUAUUAUUUAAAUGAAUAUUGAUUAUUUAAGACGGAUUGUCUCGAAAGAUGUUCAGAUGUGUAUCUUUUUUCAUUUAACAUUUUCAAACGUACGAACCCAUAAAAUGCCACACAAAUAUAAAGCAACUUCCUCUUUCAUCGAUUUGUGUGGAUUUCUUAUGGAUUCUGCAGUCGUUUCAGUCGGGAUGACCUGAUUGAUACGAAAUGACGUGAGUCAUAAGCAGCAAGCUUUGACAUCUAAUAUAAAUCAAUGAAUUAAAUGUGAAGAUUCCCCGAGCUCACGAAUCUUCGCAUUUAAAAAUGAUAAUUAAACUAUAGGGAUAAUCGCAGAUCACAAUUUAACAUGUGUUUGUCGAAUCACAUGUAUAAGUGGAAAAUAAUGUCUUAAACGAUUGGCAAUAAUGGUACGAUGAGAGAUAACAUUCGGAGGAGUUAAACUUAGGACGGAUUGUAAAACUAAGGAGGAGUUAAAUACUACAUAAUCUUGUUUCGAACAAUAUAAAUUAUCGUUAAGCUGAACUUAGGAUACUUUUUUAUGAACACAGGUACAUUCCGCAGUGCCAUUAUCUAGUAAUGCUUCUAUGACUAGCUGUUAGCUAUCUAUCUUCUUUAAUGCCGUUAAAUACUUAAGCAUCAUACACUUCUUCUAUCAUACAUUUCUUUCCAUGCAUCUUUUAUUUUCAUUUUACACCAUUAAAACGUUAAGUAAAAUUAAACUUCAAUUUUAAAUCUAGCACUUGAUUAGCUUAGUGUAAUUCGGAAUUAAAUAAAAAUAUACUCUACCUAAGCGAUGCAAAGUUUACUAAAAUGAACUUCAGUAGUUUCCUAAUAAAUUUCUUCUAAAUCUAAGAUUUCCAGGUGCGUGACGCUCGGACAGUUCAUAAUAAUCCUACUUCCUUCGGCGCGUCGCACAUCUCUGCGCCCACAGUGGAGUCGAGUUUGAGCGUUAACGAACCAAGUAGAUCUAAUCUAAAGGAUUUCAAUUAAAACGGAUUUCCUCUAAUAAUCCUGUAAUUUCUUCGAUAUAAAAUAGAAUGAAAAUUAAACUUACGCACUGUAGAUAAUUAUAGAUUUAAAAAAUAUAAAAACUUUAAAAUUAAAAUCUUAAAAAAACUCUUAAAGAUUACCUUCUUCCCUUACCAUAUCUAGACACGAGAUGUGAAAAAAUCAUUCUGGCUGUGAACAUUUCAAAUUGUUUUAGGAUGCUUCGUUCAUUAGCGCUCAUAGACCAUUACUUAAAUAAUACGCUAACGCCGACAAUAAAAGAAAAAUAUUGAUCUCAUCGCUUCACUUAUAGUUCCCCAACCGCAGAUCUUCGUCAAUUCAUUAUAUUAUUAUCUAUACAUUUGCAUUCCCUUAGUGUUCCCUUCUCUCUUACUCAUGCAUCAUCACUAUAUCUUUCAUCUCUCUCAUUAAUUUAAACACUUUCUUUAGCAUAAAGAAUAGCGUUAAAAAUUAGAGUUCUAGCGAGUAAAAUCGUAGUGCGUAGAAUAAUUAAUAAGAAAAUCAAAUCAAAGUUGUUUGUUAAUCUAUAUGAUAAAAAUGCAGUUCAGAGAGUUAACCUUAGAGAUAAUUAAAAUUGAAAAUAAUUAAUUAAAUGAUCUAGUGGAAAUAAGAUUUAUUUUGAAUGUUAAAGAUGGCAAAGUUUGGCUGUUAAAGAAUUUCGUUUGGAUCUGAGACAUCUUUCAAGGCGAUGUUUAGUCAGUGUUAAUUUAUUAAGGUUAUUAAUUUGAUUUGUUUUGUUUGUUAUAUAAUUUGAUCAUACCAAAGACUCAUCGACAAAUAUUAUCUAUAAACAAUUAAUUUCCUUAAAGCAGUUGUGACGUGUCCAUCACGUCGUUCUCAGUCAUUUUAUUUGUCGUAAGCUAAGUGUAACUUGAAUAGUAAUUCUUAAUGGAUUAUUCCAAAAUUAAAUACAUAGGUAAGGGUGAUAUUGGAAAUGAUUUUUUUAGAAUCAAUAGUGUUAAGGUAUCGUAUAUUAUUAAUAAUUAUGUAUUCACUGAAAUAAAGGAUAAAUCAGUAAAA